AUGACCACAUCGACUGACCCAGAGCGACGGCCGCUUCUGCCGGGCCUCACCAGCUUCCAAAAGAACGGCUCCAACGUCGACAUUGAGAGUGAGCCGCCGAAUGGCGGCAUCCCUUCGCGCGCCGUGGAAGAUGAUGUGCUUCCCGAGGCAUCAACGCUGGGGCGUAAUAUUACAUGGCAAAGCGCCUACAUCAUAGUAAUGUCCAGAGUCAUCGGCAGCGGCAUAUUUGCGACACCGGGCGCCAUCUUGCGAUCUGUCGGAAGCCCUGGGCUUUCACUACUUAUAUGGAUUGCGGGCGCAGUCAUCUCAGCCUGCGGGCUGGCCGUGUCACUCGAGUACGGCUGCAUGCUGCCUCGCUCAGGAGGUCAGAAGGUCUAUCUGGAGUUCACGUACAGACACCCACGAUUCCUCGCGUCGACUCUCGUGGCCAUCAACGCCGUGCUCCUGGGACUCACGGCAAGCAACUGUGUCAUUUUCUCUCAAUACAUCCUCUUUGCUUUCAAGGCUGAUCAUGUCAGCGACGUGGUUCGCAAGCUUGUCGGGGCGGGUCUGUUGACGGUCGCGACCAUCAUUCAUGCUGUGACACCGAGGUUCGGCGUCGGCAUCCAAAACGUCCUUGGCUGGGCAAAGAUUGGAAUUGUUGUUUUCAUGGUUCUCUCUGGCAUCUACGUCGUCAUAUUUCGACCCGCGAUAGGCGAUGACAUGAGCCUGGGCCCGACGAUUUCCCUCCAAGGAUGGGAUCAUUUAUGGCACGGCAGCAUAUGGAACUGGGGCGCGAUUGCGACGGCCCUUUUCCAGGUCUUCUACUCAUACGCCGGCCUGGACAACCUCAGCAAUGUCCUCAACGAAGUCAAGGACCCGGUUCGUACUCUGCGAUCAGCGACACUUACAGCGCUGUUCACCACGUGUGCGAUCUUCUUCCUCAUCAACGUGGCCUACUUCCUCGUGGUGCCCAUUGACGAGAUCAGGGAGAGCGGCGAGCUUGUUGCUGCUCUCUUUUUUGAGCGUGUAUUUGGAGGGGCCUUUGGCCGGCGAUUCUUGCCACUUGCCGUCGCGUUGUCCGCGGCUGGUAAUGUCUUAGUCGUCAUCUUUGCCAUGGCAAGGCUCAAGCAAGAGAUAGCCAGACAAGGCCUCCUCCCAUUCUCUGAGCAGCUGUCGUCUACCAAGCCCUUCAACUCGCCACUUGGAGGACUCUUGCUCAACUACGUCCCAUCGCUGCUGGUCAUUGUGCUUCCGCCGUCCAAAGAGGUGUUCUCAUUUAUCCUCGAGACCGAGGGCUACUCGGGGCAAAUUUUCGGUCUGCUCAUCGGAGGCGGCCUGAUUUGGCUGCGAUUCAAACGCCCAGAUCUCAAGAGGCCAUUCAAGGCAUGGACGUCGGCGGUCGUGCUACGGCUAUUACUUGGGGUUGCGCUGCUCGCAGCUCCAUUCUUCCCUCCAUCAAAACAGCCCGCAGGCGGGUUUUACUACGCGACUUAUGCUAUUGUUGGUGUCGCCAUUUUUGUCGGCAGCCUGUUGUAUUGGUAUGUGUGGGCGGUGCUGCUGCCUCGCAUCCGCGGGUAUACUCUAGAGGAGGAGACUGCAGUGCUCCGGGAUGGGACAGCAGUGACGAGAAUCGUGCAUAAACAACGAGUACUGUAA